GCCGCUCUCCCGUAAAUCUGCGCAGCGCAGUGCGGCAUUUAAUGCUCUCCAACCUUUGGUCUCCCUCCCAAACGCUCCCCCAUUCCCCCCUCUCGCCCACCGGCCACCGGGCGCCAGCCCACAGAUGCGGUCGCGACCACCGCGGCAAGAGCGAAUCCAUGGCGAGAGCGAGCAGAAGCCGCGGGCUCGGUGCUUGAGCGCUUGAUCCUGGGAAGUUCCGGUAGUGAUCGCGUCCCUUGGCGCGAGGAGGAGAGCAGGAAGGCAAAAGGAGGGUUCUUUGUUCUUUCUCGUGUUUCUUCUGCCGAUUCUGCUUUUCUUGGGAGUGGCAAUGAGGCGGCACGGGUGGCAGCUCCCGUACCAUCCUCUCCAGGUGGUGGCCGUGUCCGUGUUCUUGGCGCUGGCGUUCGCGUUCUACGUGUUCUUCGCCCCCUUCGUUGGGAGGAAGGUGUUCCAGUACGUGGUCAUGGGGCUCUACACUCCGCUGGUUUUAUGUGUCUUCUUUCUAUACAUCUGGUGUGCUGCAGCGAACCCAGCAGACCCAGGGGUCUUCAAAUCAAAGAAGUAUAUGAGCUUGUAUGGAAGUGGAAAACACAAAUAUCUGAAGGAAUCCAGAAAAGGUGUUUCAGAUACUCGGUUGCAACUAGAGGGAACUGGAGGAAAGCAAGAACAUGAGGUCGCAGUGUCUAGUGAGAAGUCAAUGACUCAACAAAAGGAAAAGAAUCCAUCUUGCUGCAGUUCUACUUUCUCCGCAUUUCUCCUUAUAUUCUACCCUCUCUCUUCUGUUUUCUCCUGCUGCCAAUCACAUGAAUGUCCCUCUGAGCAGCAAGCCAGUGAGGAAGGGAUGUUUUUCUGCAGCCUAUGUGAAGUCCAGGUGUUGAAGUAUAGUAAGCACUGCAGAGUUUGUGACAAAUGCGUAGAUGGUUUUGAUCAUCACUGCCGGUGGCUCAACAAUUGUAUUGGAAAAAGAAACUAUAGGAGGUUUUUUGUUCUAAUGUCUACUGCCCUUGUCUUGCUUAUCCUACAAUCAGCAAUUGGAGUACUGGUGCUAGUGCUAUGCUUCGUCGAGCGGAAGGAAUUCUCUGUUCAAAUUGUCUCAAAGCUAGGGAGCAGCUUCUCCUUGGUGCCCUUUGUGAUUGUGGUGGCAUCAUGUAGCAUCCUAGCCAUGGUUGCUUCACUCCCGAUUGCCCAACUUCUUUUUUUCCACAUUCUUCUUAUCAAGAAGGGAAUCAGUACAUAUGACUACAUCAUUGCCCUGAGAGAGCAAGACCAAGAAGAUGUUAGUGGGCAGCAGAGUCCACAGAUGUCUCGUGUAAGCUCCUACACUGGACUCAGCAGUGCUAGUUCCUUUGGCCCACUUCGUCGUGGUUCGUGGUGCACUCCUCCAAGGCUGUUUCUUGAAGAUCAGUAUGAUGUUAUUCCGUCAGAGGCUGGCUCUUCGCAUAAUUCUGCUACCAAGAGAAAAGGAGAUGAAGUAAGGAGGAAGAAGGGCUCAGGGGCUGUGAAAAUAAGUCCAUGGGCAUUGGCUCGUCUUAACGCGGAAGAAGUUUCCAGAGUUGCUGCAGAGGCACGGAAGAAGUCCAAAGUUUUAGUGCCUAUCAGAAAAGACGACUAUUCACGAGGCCAUGAAACAGAUAGUAGCUAUGGAGGUAUGAGCAGUGGCAGGAUUGAUCUAGGCCCUGAUAGCAAGAGGAGAACGAACAGAAGAGGAAGACAGCCCAGUGAUCUCUCUCUCAAACCUGUUGCAAAGAUAUCUACAGAUGCUAUUGAUAGUACAGGCAGCGAAAUGCCCCCUGAAGCACUGUCCAGUUUAGCACCACUGCAACUCGAGGCACGGAGCGCCUUCCAUCCUAGUAGAGCUGCAUCUUCCGCAAACGUAGGCGGAUCAUCUCCAGAUAGCAGUUUGGAUUCGCCUGAUCUGCACCUGUACCGAGUCUCAGCUGUCUCCUCAUCUGGUGCUGAAGACCUGCAACUGACAGCCCUCACUGCCCCAGGAUGCACUCCACAGCAAGGGAUCGAGUUGUCGAGAUCGACCAGCGACGGGUAUGAAGCAUCAGGGGGUGAAGACAGUGACCGCAUUCCGUCAAGGAUAGUGCACCGCUCGUCGAACUGGGCAAGCAUCAUCCUCAACUCCGAUCAGAGUGCGUCCUCAUCAGGCAUUCUCGUGCCAAAGAACAGAUUGUCCUGACUGACUUCAGACCAACUCCAUGUUCAGCUUCAUUCAUAUCAUUCAGAUGAAUGAAGAUUGUAAAUGAUCGGCCGACAACCAGAGAUUCCAGUAUCUGACCUCGUUUGACGUUGAUAUCAAAACUUGGCUCAGCAAUGGUUGGAUACUGUAAAAUUGUUAAUUUUUUGGUAGUUUCUGAGUUGCUAGAUAGGCAGUUUCUGAAUUUCAUCAAUUGGGAGCUCAGGCGCUUGUACUUUUGCUGUCAGAUGACAAUGAACCGAUUUAUUUAGAGGUCGAUACCUUGGAUCUCUUGGAUCAA